GAGAUGAGCGCGGGCGCAGACGGUGGUGAUGGCGCUGCAGUGGCGGUGCGGUCCGCUGAGGACAGUCCCUGGGACGAAGGUUUUGUCCCCUUGGCCCUGGGGACCCGCGAGCAUUGGGAUGCUGUCUAUGAGACAGAACUGCAAACUUUCCGAGAACAUGGAUAUACAGGAGAAAUCUGGUUUGGAGAAGAGAGUAUGAAUCGAUUAAUAAGAUGGAUGCGGAAACACAAGAUUCCAUUGGAUGCUUCAGUGCUUGAUAUUGGAAAUGGUGUUUUUCUGGUUUAACUUGCAAAAUUUGGUUUCUCUAAUAUUACUGGAAUUGAUUACUGUCCCUCUGCAAUUCAGCUUUCUGGAAAUAUUAUAGAAAAAGAAGGUUUAUCUAACAUUAAAUUGAAGGUAGAAGACUUCUUGAGUCCUUCCACCAAGCUGUCUGGAUUUCAUAUUUGUAUUGACAAAGGGACUUUUGAUGCCAUAAACCUUAAUCCUGACCAUGCAGUUGAGAAGAGGAAGC